GCUGGCCCAGCCGCCCAGGGAGACCUUGACGCCGAGUCAAGCCGCCGGCCCCCACUCAUUGGGUAGGAGGAGGGCAUUAGCCAGUAGCCACCGCACUGACAUUGCAUCUUUUCUGCGAGUCCCCAUCCCACCAUUCAUGUGAUGCAAAGGGAGAGGAGCCUUUUGCAGCAAGCUGGUGGUGGCAUCCUUUCUCCCUGCUCUGCUCAAGAUUUGCAUGAGCUUGUCAUCAAGAGGUAGAACAAGCUUGGAGCUCUGCGCACCCAUUUCUGCUGGACUUCUCAAUCUCUUAUUAAACAGAUCAUGUUGGGAGCAUAAAAAAAAUAUAAUUGACACAUACUAAUCUAUUCUACAGCCUUCUGAUAAGUGGCUUAUCAAUCUGCCCCUCUAAUCAGUCAUUACUAGCCUGAAAGUUGCACCGGCCUCACCCUAUCAACGACGGCGACCAAGCAGAGUUCAUGGUACACAUGCCUCACCCACUCAUUCCUCGCUGCUGAAGUGAUGUCAAAAAGAGGAGGAACUGGAAUGGUGGUUCAGUAGGAAGUGCUCUUUGGGCUUUCAACUGGCUCCUCUGUUUUUGCAUCCUUUCAGUUUGCUGAGCAAAAACUUAAAAGGGGACUGUCACACAUACUGUCUAUCUGUUAUCGAACAUCGGCCUCAUCCUUCAGCUCUACUCUGCUAAGAUCAUGGAGUUAUGAGAUAGCAGAAGUUUCAUGCUAGACAGAACACAAUUUCUGAUUGAUUACAUCCGGUUGGGAGCAAAAAGGGGGAAAAAUUCAUUGACACAUACUGAUCUCCACUACACUCUGAUCAGUCCUAUAACAGUGGAUUCAUAUUCAGUAUUCAAUCUUACUAGUACACAGACACACGGUUCUGUGCCGUUAAGAAAAAAAUUGAUAUGAAAGGUAGGCCUGAAAAUGUGCUAAGCAUGAAAUCAAGGCAUCAGUCAGAGUUAGAUCACUAAAAAGAAAACCAAGAUCUAAGUUUUGUUUAUCGAUUGACACUGUGCAAGCUGGUUCAGUAAUCCCACUGCCAACUUGCUCUUCUUGCUGGUGGGUCUGUUUCUGGGAUUCAACUAAUGGCAACCAUAUUAUUUUCUUUUGCCGGAUCAUGCAUUAAGAAGCUCCAAGAAAUCAUUACAGACGAAACAAUACAGAUACUACAUGUUAAACAAGAGCUUAGUGACUUGCAGCAAACAAUGAUGCAAGUACAGUGUUUUCUCAUAGAUGCUGAUCGGAGGAGGAUUGAAGACUUUGCUGUUAGCAAUUGGCUUGGUGAGCUGAAAGAUGCAAUGUAUGAUGCUGAUAAUAUCAUCGACUUGGCCAGGUUUAAAGGGAGGAAGCUACUAGGAGAACAGCCUUCGUCAUCAUCAAGAAAAUUAACCGCAUGCAAUGGUUUUCCACUUGCCUCUAGCUUUUCUGCUAUUUUGACACGUCGUGAUAUUGCUGUUCAGAUUAAAAGCCUCAAAAGAAGAAUAGAGAGGAUUGCAGAAUUAGGUACAAAAUUCAAGUUUGAAGCAGAACCUGUUGUCAGUGUUUCAGAUAUGAGGAAAACGUCCCACCUUGUGGAACCAAAUAUUGUGGGAAAGGAGAUUAUUCAUGCUACUGGGACAUUGGUAAGAGUGGUGCUAGACCACAGGGAGAAGAAGGCUUACAAGAUAGGUAUUGUCGGAACAGGAGGAGUUGGAAAGACAACAUUAGCUCAGAAAUUAUACAAUAAUCAAAGAGUAAAAGCUAACUUUCAGAAACAGGUAUGGAUUUGUGUUUCCCAACAGUACUCUCCAGUUAUUCUGUUGAAAGAAAUACUACGAAAUGUCGGAGUGAACCAAGGGCAAGGUGAAAGUGUGGGGGAGCUCCAAGCCAAACUUGCAGAAGCGAUCGAAGGAAAGAACUUUUUUCUUGUAUUGGAUGACUUGUGGGAGCCUGAUGUAUGGACCAAUUAUCUAAGAAUUCCACUAAAUGCUGCAGCUCAAGUAACAAUAGUAGCAACAACUCGACAUGAUACAGUUGCAAAGGCAAUUGGGGUGGAGCAUAUGCACCGAGUUGAAUUGAUGUCAGAAGAAGUAGGAUGGGAGCUACUCUGGAAGAGUAUGAACAUCUCUGAUGAGAAAGAAGUGCACAACCUGCAGGACACAGGAAUGGAGAUUGUUCGAAAAUGUGGUGGCCUUCCUCUUGCAAUUAGGACUAUAGCUGGUGUUCUCUUAGUGAAGGAGACAACAGAGAGUGAAUGGCAGAAGAUUCUAAGCAAUGAUGCUUGGUCCAUAAGUAAACUCCAUGCUGAAGUGAGAGGUGCUUUAUUCUUGAGUUAUGAUCAGCUGCCACAAAACCUGAAGCAAUGUUUUCUUUACUGUGCUUUAUACCCUGAAGAUUGGACACUAUGUCGUGAUGAUCUUGUUAGGCUCUGGAUUGCUGAAGGCUUUAUAGAAAAGAAAAAGAACCAACUACUGGAAGAUACUGCAGAAGAAUACUACUAUGAGUUGAUUUCAAGGAACCUCCUCAUGCCAGAUCCAACGUAUAUUAACCAAUACAAGUGCAAAAUGCAUGACCUCUUAAGACAGCUUGCUCAGAAUUUAUCAGGAGAAGAGUAUUUCUGUGGAGAUCCACGGUCAUUUGAGGGCAGCAGUAUAUCUAAAUUACGACGUGUGUCAGUUGUAACAGACAAUAAUAUGAUUGCUUUACCUACCAUGAACAUGAAUCAACACAAAGUGAGAACUUUAAUAAGUUUCUCUGGCAAGUCACUGACAUCUGAAUCUUCAAUUUUCAAGCAAUUUCCAUAUGUUCGUGUUCUGGAUUUAAGUGGGUCACUUGUACAAAAUAUUCCAGAUUAUAUUGGAAGUUUGAUUCAUUUGCGCUUGUUCAAACUUAAUGAUACCAGCAUAACAUGCCUUCCCGAGUCAAUGGGAUCACUCAAAAACCUUGAGGUAUUGGAAUUGCAAAAUUGUGACAGUUUGUACAACCUUCCUGUAGCAAUUGUUAAAUUAUGCAACUUAAGGCGUCUUGGUCUUAAAGGUUCACCCAUAAAUAAGGUUCCAAAAGGUAUUGGGAGGUUGAAAUUUCUCAACGACUUAAAAGGAUUUCCAAUUGGUAGUAGCAGUGAGAAUUGUACUGGAAUGCAAGGUGGAUGGAAUCUAGAAGAGUUGGGUCCUCUUUUGCAGCUGAGGCAACUUCAUAUGAUUAAAUUGGGAGAAUCCGCAAUUUGUAGUACAGAUUCAGUACUAACAAACAAGAAGUAUCUCAAAGUUUUAAAUUUACGGUGCACUGAGUGUGCAGAGGAACAACACCCUGAAGAGGUUGUCAACAAUAUUGAGAAAGUUUUUGAUCAGCUAAUCCCUCCAAAUAACCUGGAAGAUCUAUGUAUUAAACGAUUCUUUGGUCGGAGGUUUCCCUUCUGGCUGUACAGUGCUAAAGAUUUGAUUUCAUUAAUUGAGUUGAAACUCCAACAUUUCACGUCCUGUGAGCAUCUUCCUCCAAUAAUUGGACAGCUCCCCAACCUAAAAUAUCUGAAAAUCGAGGGAGCCACUGCAGUCACCAAGAUUGGACCCGAAUUUGUUGGCUAUGGGGUGGGUAAUCCCGAAUCUGCAGAGGCAAUAGCUUUCCCCAAGCUUGAAAUGUUGGUCAUCUGGGACAUGCCCAACUGGGAGGAGUGGACUUUGUUUGCUAAUGAAGAAGAAGCGACAGCAGCAAGUAAGGAAGCGGGAAAGGAUGGAGCUGUUGCAAAGCAAAUCGGGGAAGCCCCACCUCCAAGGAUGCAGCUGCUGCCUCGUUUAAGGAAGUUGGACCUUGACCGCUGCCCCAAGCUGAGAGCUCUCCCACCACAGAUCGGACAGCAGGCCACCAGUUUGAAGGAGCUCCAUUUAAGAAAUGUUGAUAACAUUAAGGUGGUGGAGAACCUCCCGUUCCUCUCUGAGGCACUCGUAAUUGCUGGUUGUAAAGGCCUAGAGAGGAUACAAAAUAUUCCGCAAGUGACAGAGCUGCGUGCACAGCUGUGUCCGAACUUGAGGUGUGUGGAGAGGUUGGACAGCUUGCACCAGCUGUUUUUGACAGGGGAUAUGCAAGAUGUCUCCUCACGGUGGCUGCCUGGACUCCAAGAGCGGCACCAGCAGCUGCACGGAGAAGACCUGGAUGUCUACACCUGGUGAUGAUUGUCCAAUCCUGUGAAUAUGCAAGGGUACCGUAUCUCUUGAAGAUGGAAGUGCCUAGCUACUCGUGGACCUGAACGUCUGUCUAGUGCCGGCGAAGGCUACUGUAUAUCUUGAUGAAGAACAACAACAUGAGCUGAUGUUUCCGCUGCUUAUGGGAAGGCUUGUUAAAUGUUUGUUUAAGCGUUUGGCUAGUGUGCAUGUCUGAAUAAAAAUAUAAAAUGUGUGCUACUUGAGUUUCUGGAAUAACUCUGCGAUGAGCUUGAACGUUUUGUAAUUUGCAAACAUGUAAUAUGAAGAAACUGAACCUGCUGUUGCCUGCUUUCUUUUGCCAUUAUAGAUAUACAUGAAAAUCGAACUCUAGU